AGAACGAAUACCACCAUAUUGCUUGGAAAUAUUGCCAGCUACCUUAACGAAGGGGUUGGUAACAGCUAGCACUUUCAUUCUUUUCCAUCAGUGAAAUUUUGAGCACUUUAUAACACUGAUUUAGAUGUCAAUAUUUGGAUCACCUUAAUCUUUUAGUGAUCGUUGGUGGCAUCCAACAUAUGUAGAUAAGAGUAUUUCUAUAGUAGGUAUACUUGAUGAAUAAUGGCAAUAUGGGUUAAAAUCUGUCACAGACCCGAAAAAGAGUUAUGAUCAAUGCAUUUACUGUUCGUGCUUUGCGUGAUACAUUCUCUCCUGCCCGAGGAGCAGGUAGAACCAGAGACUCUGUUUUCCUGAUUCCAUCUUCAUUCUCUCUCUCUCUCAGAUCAAUUCACAAAGUCUAUCUUAUGACAGGUAUUAUGGCUUUAUGUGCCACCAGUUCUUAUUAUGACAUUACUGAGAUUGCAACUCGGAUUUUGCCGAAUGUUGUAGUACUUACCAUUGAUCCUGACAGUGACGUCCGAUCAAAGGCAUUCCAAGCAGUUGACCAGUUCUUGCAAAUUUUGAAGCAAUAUAAUGAGAAGACAAAUGCUGGGGAAUCCACUGCAGCUACAAGCAUAGGAAUCAGUUCAAUACCAGGAAAUGCAAGUUUACUUGGAUGGGCCAUGAGCUCCUUGACUCUCAAAGGUAAACCUUCGGAGCAAACUGCACCUGCUACGUCAAAUUCCAGUGCACCUCUUACUUCUGUGAUCUCAAAUGCCAGCUCAAGUAAGAAUGAAGUCUAUCCUUUCUUUCUCGUCUUUGAAUUUUAAUGUAAUGCAAAUUUUGUUUGUUUUCUUGGAUUAUCCACGUUGCCCAAGGAAAGGAGGUGUUUUACAUGUUAAACAACCAAUACAUCUAAAAAGCUUAAGCCAUUAAAGGGAGUGUAGAAUCAGUAUUAUGUACUUCAGCAAUAUGAAUGUAAUUAUGGCAUCAUUCUGUCCUCCUGUUCUAAUGCAUCAGAAUGU